AUGCCUCGCUCGAAGCCGCCGAAGGCUGCCCCGAGCCGCACCGAGGUUACUGCAGGCGCAAAAAAGAAUUCUCCGUCAAAGAAACAUCGGUCAAUGGACGACUUUGUAAUGACCAUCUCCGACUCAGAUGAGGACGUUCCGGACCUCGACUCAGACGACUCCGACGUCGAAACUGCUAGUAAGGAUAAACCCACUACACCCGAGGCUGUUGAGGUUUCUAAGCGCGGGAAGAAGCAUAAGAGACUUGUUGCUAGGGACGAGGGAGAGAACAAAAAGAAGCAUGAUGGAGGGCUUGAUUCGGAUUUCGAGUUUAUGGGCGGUGGGGAGGAGGGCGGUGUUGGGGAGUACGAUGGGUGGGGGUUUGAAGGUGCCCGGGAGGCGAUGAGGAAUGGGAAACGGGGAGUUGAUGUUGAUGAUAUUAUCCGGAGGAGAAGGGGUGAGGAGGAGGUGGAGGAAACUGGGGAGGAGGAAGAGGAGGUGGAGUUUGCCGGGUUUGGAUCCGAUGAUGAGGAUCUUGCGCUGGAUGGGUUUGGGAUGGGUGCUGUGGGAGAGGGUUCGGAUACGGAGGAUCAAUCUGGGUCUGGGAAGGAUUUGUAUGGAGAUGAGGAGGAUGAGGAGAAGGUGAGACAAGGGGAAGAUUCAGAAGAUGAGUCGGUGGUUUCGAUAGUUCCCCACCCCGAAGACCAGGUCUCCUCCGACAACCAUUCGGAAGAGGAAGAUGCCCAGGAGGUUGCUAAGAAAGCUGCAUUCUUCGCCCCGGAGGAGGAAGAUGUUAGUGUUAAGGGCAGUGCCACUGCCAGCUUCCAGCAGAUGAACCUCUCCCGUCCGAUCCUUCGUGGUCUCGCGAAUAUCGGAUUCAAUACUCCAACGCUGAUCCAGGAGAAGACAAUUCCAGUUGCGCUGUUGGGUAAAGACGUUGUGGGAGGUGCAGUCACUGGAUCCGGUAAAACCGCAGCGUUCAUAGUCCCAAUUCUCGAGCGUUUGCUCUUUCGCCCGAAAAAAGUCCCGAUCUCCCGAGUUGUCAUUCUCUGUCCGACCCGUGAGUUGGCGAUGCAAGCGCACAGCGUCGCGAUGAAACUAGCUGCAUACACGGAUAUCAAAUUCGCCCUGGCGGUCGGAGGCCUCUCCCUAAAAGUCCAGGAAGCCGAUCUCAAAAAGCGUCCCGACGUGAUAAUUGCCACGCCCGGCCGUUUCAUCGACCACAUGCGCAACUCCCAGGGCUUCUCGGUCGAGAGCAUUGAGAUAGUGGUAAUGGACGAAGCAGACCGCAUGCUCGAGGACGGAUUCGCCGACGAACUUGACGAGAUCAUAAAUGCUAUUCCCCAAAGCAGGCAGACGAUGUUGUUCUCUGCUACCAUGACCGAUAGCGUUGACAAGCUUAUUCGGCUUUCCCUGCAGAGGCCUGUCAGAAUUAUGGUCGAUACGAAGCUUAGCACUGUCAAGACACUCGUGCAGGAGUUUAUCAGGAUCAGACCGCAGAGGGAGUAUCUUCGUCUUGCCAUGUUGGUGUUUAUAUGCAGGGAAUAUUUCACAGCGAGGACUAUCGUGUUCUUCCGGAGCAAAGUUUUCGCGCAUAGGGUGAGGAUUGUGUUUGGCCUUUUUGGACUCAAGGCGGCAGAGCUACAUGGGAGUUUGAGCCAGGAGCAGGUGAGCCCAUACUUUUUUAUCCUUCUAUAAAUCUUGUGCUAAUCUAGUAAUGCAUAACAGCGUGUUAGAGCGGUUGAAACUUUCCGUGACGGGAAGGCAGAUUUCCUCUUGGCCACCGACCUUGCUUCCCGUGGUCUAGAUAUCAAAGGUGUAGACGUAGUAAUAAACUACGAAGCCCCCCAAUCCCACGAAAUUUACCUCCACAGGGUAGGCCGUACAGCUCGUGCCGGUCGCCAAGGUCGCGCGGUGACACUAGCGGCAGAGGCAGACCGCAAAGUCGUUAAAGCCGCCGUCAGGACCGCUCAAUCCCAAUCCGCCAAGGUCGUCUCCCGGAUCCUAGACGUGGAUAAGGUCGAUGCGCUAGGUGGGGAGAUUAAGAAACUAGACGGCGAGAUCGAAGAGAUUCUCAGGGAAGAGAAGGAGGAGAAGCAGCUGCAGUCUGCGGAAUUGCAAUUGCGCAAAGGUGAGAAUCUGAUCAAGCAUGAGGACGAGAUCAAGAGUCGGCCGAAGAGGACCUGGUUCGAGACACAGAGGGAGAAGGACUUGCGCGAGAAAGUCAGUAAGGCGCAGUUGAAUGGGUUGGAGUUUCCCGAGAAGAAGGUUAAGCUGAGCAAUAAGAAGAGGAAGAAGUUGGAGGGGAGGGGGGAGGCUGAGGAAGGGAGGGUCUACAAGAAGACCAAGGCGGAUAGGACCUCUAAGGGGAGUGGUGGGGGGAAGAGGGGCGCUGUGAAGGUAAAAGGAAAGGGUGGGAAGAAGUUUGGACAGAAAAUGUUGAGAGGGAAAGGCAAAAGCAAGUGA